AUGAAACCCCCAGUCGUUGAUGGCAUCGGUGUGCCGUGGGAUGGCCCAGAGCCCAUUGCUGUUGUCGGCAUUGCGACCCGUUUCUCACAGGAGGCUACAUCAACGGAAAAAUUAUGGGAAAUCAUGCAGCAAGAGAAAUCUACCUGGUCCCCAGUCCCCAAAGAAAGAUUCAACGCUGAGGCAUUUUACCAUCCAGAUCCCGAACAUGGAGGCACAUUUUCAGUUCAAGGAGGCCACUUCUUUGCUGAGGACCCAGCUUAUUUUGACAGCUCAUUCUUCAAUGUUACCAAGACCGAACUGAUGACCCUCGAUCCCCAGCAGCGACUCGUGAUGGAAAACGUCUACCAUGCCCUUGAAAAUGCCGGAAUUACCUUAAGUACUGCCUAUGGAUCCAAUACAGCAGUCUUUGUGAGUGGUUUCAAUCGCAACUACCUAGAGAUUCUCAGUGCGGAUCCCGAGACAUCUAUCAAGUAUAAGCCCACGGGGCCUCACAAUUCAAUCCUGUCCAACAGAGUCAGUUGGUUUUUUGACUUCAAGGGUCCCAGCAUGACCAUUGAUACAGCAUGCUCCAGCAGCUUGGUAGCCAUUCAUCUGGCUGUUCAGAGUUUACGCGCUCGAGAUACUAGCAUGGCCGUUGUCAGUGGUGUAAGCAUCUUAGAAAACCCGAUAGAAAUAGUCGGCAUGAGCCACCAUGGACUGCUAGGUCCCCAAGGCCGAUCCUUCAGCUUUGAUUCCCGUGCAGAAGGGUAUGCACGUGGAGAGGGCGUUGGCACAGUUAUCUUGAAGCCGUUAUCCAUUGCUGUCAAAGACGGUGACACUAUUCGUGCAGUGAUUCGUGAGAUCGGUGUCAAUCAAGAUGGACGAACAUCUGGGAUGACAGUCCCAAGUGCCAAUGCCCAGGAAACCUUGAUCCGCGAAGUCUACCGCAGAGCUGGCUUGGACGUUAAGCAUACUAUGUUCGUCGAGGCCCAUGGGACUGGGACUAGUACGGGGGACCCGAUUGAAGCUAGUGCCAUCGCACACACAUUUAUGUGCCAGCGUGAGACACCACUUUACAUUGGGACGAUCAAAUCUAGCAUUGGACACCUUGAAGGAGGCUCUGGGGUGGCGAGCAUCAUCAAGUCGAUUCUCAUUCUUGAAUCUGGAAUCAUACCGCCAAACUUUGACAUUCAGCAGGUGAAUCCAAAGAUCUUAGCAAGCGAUUGGAACAUUGCCUUCCCGACUAAGAAUACACCAUGGCCGACGGCCGGACUACGUCGAGUUUCAGUCAAUUCGUUUGGAAUUGGAGGUACCAACUCUCACUGUAUACUUGACGACGCCUACCAUUACCUCUCCAACCGUAAUAUCACUGCUUCGCAUCAGACCGAAUCCUUUCUUGUAGAUACCCAUGUGUCGAAAUCAAGUAGGAACUCAGUCAGCAGCAUCUUGGACUCAUCAGAUGAUACCAGUCACAUAUCGGCGACGGGAGAGCUUUCUUGCUCAGUUUACCUCAACGAUCGUUUUGAGGUUCAAGGUGUUUCUGACAACCCGAGAGUCUUCAUGCUAUCGGCCUUUGAUGAAGAUGGAGUGAAUCGAAAUGCUUCGGCUUAUUCCCACUACUUCAGUCGCGAAAGUGUCUUGGCCGGUGCAAAUCGAACCCUUCUCGAUGAUUUUGCCUUCACUCUCUUGAAGAAACGCUCUGUAUUUCCAUGGAGAAGUUUCGUUUUGGCAUCUACGGCGGAACAACUCGCGUUCAAUCUUUCAGAGUCCCGAUUUGACAAGCCAGUGAGAGCCACAUUUCCCCCGGAGGUUUCCUUCGUCUUCACCGGUCAGGGUGCUCAGUAUAAAGAUAUGGGAAGAGCCCUUCUGGCAUAUCCUGUCUUCAAACAGUCAUUGGAACGGGCGUCUGAAUACAUUCGACAUCUCGGCAGUCCAUAUUCACUGAUCGAUGAGCUCUUAACCACCAAGGACCCACUUCGUAUUCAUCUCCCGGAUAUUUCUCAGCCGUUAUGCACAAUCUUGCAGGUUGCAAUCGUGGACCUCUUGGCUAGCUGGCACAUAUUUCCGACGCGGGUAAUCGGUCACUCCUCCGGCGAAAUCGCUGCUGCGUACUGUGCUGGAAAGAUAUCUCGAGAGGCGGCCUGGAAGGUUGCUGAAUAUCGCGGAUAUGUUUCCUCUAAGCAACUGUCAGCCUAUGGAGCUAUGCUGGCUGUGGGUUUGAGUGUAUCUGAACUUGAGCCACAUUUGAAAGCAGUCCAGGAAAUCUACUCCGGGGAGCUCAUCAUUGCGUGCUACAACAGUCCCAGAAGCAACACCGUUUCUGGAGAUGAAGCCUUGGUCGGGGUUCUCAGAAGGCGCUUGAUCGCCGAUGGCGUGUUUUCGCGGCAGCUUAACGUCAAAAAUGCCUAUCACUCAGCUCAUAUGCAAGCUAUUUCAGAUGACUACCUGCAUCUGAUGGGUGACAUCUCGUCCGGAACACGCCUAGUCACGCCUUAUCCUGUACGCAUGUUUUCGACAGUGACGGGCAAAGAAGUCACGGAGGAUCUCCCUAGCCAGUAUUGGGUAGACAACAUGGUAUCACCUGUUCGGUUUACCAGUGUUCUUUCAUCAAUGCACUCAGACACAGCGGCCUUGCUUGACUAUCACUCGCCAGAAGUUCUACCUCACAUUAUAGAGAUAGGGCCUCAUUCUACUUUGCAAAGCGCGAUUAAAGACACUCUGGCUGCAAAAAAUCCGCAAACAGAUUUCAAGUACCUUGCAGUCUUGAAGCGUACUGAUCCUAGCCUUAACGUCUUACUUGGUACAGUGGGUACUCUUGCUGCUAGUGGCUAUGAGCUCGACCUGCAUGCAGUCAAUCUUGAAUGUCGGUCUGCCAAGAAACUACCUAAGCUUUUGGUUAAUUUGCCACCAUAUUGCUUCAAACAUGCGGAAAAGGUUUUGUAUGAGAGUAGACUGAGCAAGAAUCUGCGCGCCCGAAAAUAUCCACGCCAUGAUCUCUUCGGGGCCCCUGUCCCAGAUUGGAAUUCUAAUGCCCCGAGGUGGAGACAUUUUGUGAGAUUGAAUGAGAAUCCUUGGUUGAGAGAUCAUCAGGUGACCGGCAAUUUCGUCUAUCCUGGAGUUGGUUAUCUUGUCAUGGCCAUUGAAGCGGCACGACAACUAUCCGCAGACAAGUCCAUCACAGGAUUCCAGCUCCACCGUAUCUCUAUUCGAAGAGCCUUAAUCAUUCCAGACACAAAGGAUGGCAUUGAAGUCUGUCUGUCAAUGACAAUCGCGGAAGGAACAUCGGAUUCAAGACUUUGGCACCGUUUCCAAAUCAGCUCCUACAAUGAAUCAAGCAACGAAUGGACUGAACACUGCAUUGGGAAUAUUGCUGUUGAAUAUAAGGAAGUCCCCGAUCCCAUUGACAAUGGCCGUGAAGCGGACGAGGAAGUUCGAUCCUGGAAGGAAGAUCUUGAGACCGCCCGGGCAGUCUGCGGAUAUGCCUUAGAUUCCAAGAAACUUUAUGACGAUCUCCAGGCCGCAGGACUCAAUUUCGGUCCACUUUUCCGAAACCUUAGGGAGGUUAAAGUUAGUGGUUCCCGACUAGGAUCUAUGAUUGGCGUUGUGACUAUCCCCGACAUUGCUCAGUCAAUGCCAAAGCGGUACAUGCACUCCCAUUUGAUUCACCCAGCCACAAUGGACAGCAUGAUCCAUAUGAUGAUUGCCACGGUACUUGACAUGACUGGUAGGACCUCGCUCGAUUGUAUCAGGUUGCCAACCUACAUUCACGACGUGUGGGUGUCAGCCGAUUUGAGCUCUAUACCGACCCACAGGUUUACCGGACAUGCUUCUGGAGGCAUUGCCACUUCGGGAAAAUUCGAAGGCUGGAUUCGAAUGUUGAAUGAUGUUGGCAAGCCCCAGAUCAGAAUAGAUGGGAUUGAGCUCACUCCGCUUGAAACGACGAAGUCUGACAUCGACCGAAAACUUUGCACGGCCAUUGAAUGGAAGCCCGAUGUGCAUUUCCUUGACUCCCAAACAGCCUGUGAUCUAAGCUAUUCGGACGAAAUGGUCGACCAGGAUCGUCGGAACUGGAUUAAAUCUCUUCAGCUUACCAGUAUGCUGCUUAUCACUGAUGCUCUGGUUGAGUUAAAGGAUCUUGAUCCAAUGAAGCUUGAUUCACAUAUGCGGCGAUUCUACGACUGGAUGAUGCACGUGUUUAAGCUUCUUGAAAAUGACAAGAUUAUCCAUUUAGCAUUUAAGGACUUUCAAGAAGUAUCACAAAGUCAAGAGCUAAAGGAGUCUCUAUUCAAAACGGUAGAACAGCACAAUGCCGAAGGAAUCAUCACAGUUCGGAUGGGCCGCAAGAUUGCAUCCAUUGUUCGCAAGGAGGCUGAUCCUCUUCACCUGAUGUUUGGACAAGAUAACAUCAUGGAAAGUUACUACAAGGAUGGCAUACGACUUUACAAUCUACCAAGCCAUCUGAAACGCCACCUAUCCCUUCUUCGUCAUCAGCAUUGUGAGCUGAAGAUUCUGGAAAUUGGCAGCGGUACAGGUAGCUUCACCGCAGAGGUCCUCAAUGUGCUUGCCCCAGAUGGAGCUAGAGGAAGUAUUGCGAGCUAUACGUUCACUGAUAUUUCUUCCGGUUUUUUCGAAAAAGCAAAGCAGCGUUUUCAGCCAUGGAACAAAAUCAUGACCUUCCAGCCACUGAAUCUUGAGGAUCAUCCUAUUGACCAAGGACUUGAAUACGGUGUUUACGAUUUGAUAUUCGCUGGGAAUGUUAUUCAUGCUACCGCCAACCUUCAAGCCACACUGGCCAACCUACAGUUGCUUCUUAAGCCAGGUGGUCAACUGGUGAUGCAAGAGGGUAUCAGACAGGACUUCUUAGCUCUUACGGUAGUCUUCGGUCAGCUUCCUGGAUGGUGGCUUGGUGAUGAGCCCAUUCGACAGUGGUGUCCUUACAUUCCAGUCUCCGAGUGGAACAACCUACUCAUCAAAUCUGGGUUUUCUGGAGUCGAUAUUGAAUAUCCCAGCUCGAACAAUGAGGAUUUGAGUCUACAAAGCAUCCUCAUUUCUACGGCCCUUCCUGCCCUAGACAAACCACUGAAAGAUGUUUUUGUUCUGACUACUAAUGCAACUCAGUCAAAGGAUUACAUUGCUAGCAUACGUUCAGCAUUCGAGGCGAGCGGCCUGGCCAUUCAUGUGGUGAAGCUGUCGGAGCUGAAUUAUAUAGCUGAUGCGGCCUGCAUCUCUAUAGUCGAUAUGGAGAAGCCGUUCCUCUAUGAAAUCUGCGAGGAGGAGUAUCUCGCCCUCAGAAAGGUUCUGAUGACCUUCCCAAAAAUCCUCUGGGUAACCGCAGAUUUCAAAGAACACCCGUUCUCUGCCAUGAGCAUGGGUCUUCUUCGAACUGUUCGCUGGGAACGUGACGCGGACGACUCCAGCAUUGCAACGGUGGCCAUUGCCGAUGUCACUACGGUGUCAGAGAAGGACGUGGCAGCUUGUAUCUAUAAGAUCUUUUCUCGUCAAUUCAAGGAGAUGCACGAAAACGAACGAAACAGCGAAUACCUCCUGAAGGACGGUAUAAUCCACAUCGGGCAUCUGCGUGAGUGGGAAGAGGCAGACACCUUCCUUGCUAUGCAAGCGUCAAAAUUGACUACCAAACUGCAAAACUUUGAAGAGUUGGACAGUCCUAUUGAGCUGAGUCCUACCGCUUUGAAGAGAAACGAGGUCUAUUGGGUCCCAGACUCUCAUCAUCUUAAGCCCCUCGGCGAGUCUGAAGUCGAAGUGAAAAUCCAGGCUAUGGGUCUAAACUCAGACAUUCACGCUUUGAACCCAUCAACCGAGGCGUCAGGUGUUGUGAAGACUGUCGGCUCAGCAGUGAAAUGCUUUAUUCCUGGUAACAGAGUUAUUGUUUUGACUGGUGACCAACAUAGAAGUUGUCUCAGAACGCUUGUACGGCUCGACGAGUCUCUGGUCGUUGAUCUUCCUACUCGAAUCUCAUUUUCAGAGGGAGCCGCACUUCCGUUCAUCUUCGCUACAGCAAUUCAUGGACUCGCACAUACUGCCAGACUAUCUGAGAAAGACAUUGUUCUCAUUCCUAACGGCGCCUCUGCUCUUGGGCAAGCUGCCAUUCAAUACGCGAAUAUUGUCAAAGCAAAGAUUUUUACCACGGUUAAAACACCAGAAGAUAAAGCAUUUCUCGCCGACGCUUUCGAAAUUCCUGAGGACAACAUUUUCUCGAGCAAUGACCUCAGCUUCAUCAAAGGUGUCAUGAGAUGCACGAAAGGCACUGGAGUCGAUGUUAUCUUCAAUACACUCGCUAGUGAGGCUCAGCUGGAGAUGUUUGUAGUUCUUGCGCCUUUUGGUCGCUUCAUUGACGCCGCUGGCAAAGGAACUCGAGCUACUGCGCAAGUAGAUCUGUCUUCUCUCCAGCGGAAUGUGACAUUUGCCAAUAUUGACAUCUAUCUGAUGGCUCAACACCGUCCAGUGAGCGUUCGUCGAUUGGUCACAUAUGCAUUGAAAUUGUACCUUGAUGGAAAGAUCCGCCAAGCUCAACCUUUCCGUAUUAUGGACCUUGCCCGCAUCAAAGACGGACUCCAGCUGCUACAUGGUGAUGAAAGAGUUGGGCAGAUCGUGCUCGUACCUAACCGUUUGACUGCUAUUCCCCUCGUACAGGAACUGCUUCCGCCUUUCCAGUUCGAUGAGACAGGCUCUUAUGUUCUUGCCGGUGGCCUGGGAGGCCUGGGACGUAACUUGGCUCGGUGGAUGGCAUCGCGUAGUGCCAAGACUCUUAUCAUUCUCUCACGCGCAGUCCAGAUAAAUGCAGAAGGGCAGAAGAUGGUUUCCGACCUGAGGAUGCUUGGGUGCAGUGUCCAUAUUUUCCCUUGCGAUGUUUCUGAUGCAAAGCGGCUGAAGGCUGUUGUUGAUAAGUGCUCUGAAACACUUCCACCGAUCAAAGGAUGCAUUCAGGGCUCCAUGGUAUUGCGAGAUGGUACCUUCGCUGGCAUGUCCUUUGACGACUGGCAAAUUGCUACUCGACCAAAGGUUCAGGGCUCGUGGAACUUGCAUACGAUUCUUCCAUCUAAGCUAGACUUCUUUGUCAUGCUUUCUUCUGUCGCUGGUAUUAUUGGCAAUCGCGGCCAGGCCAACUAUGCAGCUGGAAAUUCUUUCCAGGAUGCACUGGCUACCUUCCGUACCUCACAUGGAAUGAAUGCAUCCAGCAUCAACCUCGGAAGUGUUUCUGAUGUUGGCUGGGUCGCCGAGAACCGUGAUAGAGUCAACAAAAACUCAGCACCUCUGUUUGAAUUCUUGAGUGACAAGGAGGUCCAAGGAGCUCUCGAGUUCUUGAUGGAUCCACGAUACGAGAAACAUGUUGAGCUCAAUGCCUGCCCGAGGUCGCAACUAGUCCUUGGUCUUCCAACUGCGGAAAUGUGUCGUCAGAACGACAUUCCAGCUCCGUCGUACCUAAACUACUCGCUCUUCAAGCACUUCCAGACUUCAAUCACUGUCAACAGCUCGGAAACCAACAAACAAAUUACGGUCAGCACUGCCGCUCUCCUUAGUACUACAUCAUCUCCUGAGGAAGCCAUAAUCGUGGUGUCAAAUGGUAUUGUAGAGAGACUUGCCUCUCUACUUGCUAUCCCAGCUUCAGAGAUCGAUGCUAAGCGGUUCUCUUUUGGUUCCAUUGACUCACUUGUCUCCAUGGAGUUCCACUCUUGGAUCUCCAAAGAGUUGAAGGCUGAAGUGUCCUUGCUGGAAAUCAUUGGUGCACAAAACAUACGUGCACUGAGUGAGAAGAUCGUCCAAAUUAGCCGGCUGAGCAAGUUGUGA